CCUAUUUUGACGUUGACGUAUCUAAUAAACAUUUUUAAAUACAAAAAUUGAACAUUUUAAUACAAAUUUUAUUAAAUCUAAAAUACAAAAUGAUACACGAAUGUUUGUUUAAUUUGUGCAACUCUCCAGAUGGAGAAAAUCUGUCCGAAACUUAUAACUGGACUAGACUGUUUGAAUUGCAAGAAUUCUUGCAUCCAGGAGAGCAAAAGUUGUUGCAAACUAUAGUCGAAAUAGCAAUCGACUACCAUCAGAUAAACGCUUUUAAUAAAAGAAUUCUAAAUCAAGUUCCAAAUUUUCAAGCUGCUAAAAAUGUAUCUACAGUCCCAUCUAAUACGCAAGAUAAUACAUCAUUCGGGUUUUACAUAACAGCUUUUUGUUCGGGAGUUCAUAAAGUUUUAGAUGCUUAUAGGAAAGAAAACAUUGCUUUAGAAGAAAUGUUUUUACAGAAUCCACAACUAUCUCUAACGUUUAUUCUUUGCAAGGUCGAGAAAUAUAGGACACUAUUUCAAACUCUAAUAUCCAUGAUUCAUACUAUUCAAAAUGACAAUGUACAUGGUUGUUUGUUGAUUGGAAGAUUACAUAAAUAUGUUAAUUGCGGAGUUGAUCAAAUCAGUUUAGCAGCAAGCGAAAUAAUUAGAUCAAUAAACACAGUUUUCUAUAAACAUUUGUGCAAUUGGAUUAUCUAUGGGGAUCUAGUUGAUGUUUUUGAAGAAUUUUUUAUCAGAGAUGGUAAAUCUGCUGAUGAGAAUUUUCUGUAUCCUGAACAAAUUGCAGAACUACAUUCUGAUGUUUCUAUUAUUAAUUUACAGAAACGUAAAAUUAGAAGACCCCCAACGGUAAGAAAAUUCUUUAUUCAUUGGGAAAUGGUUCCGUUGUUCAUUAGCGAGGAUUUAUCCGAAAGUAUCCUAUUUAUGGGAAGGAUCGUGUGGAUUAUUAGAAACGACCCCAGGAAGACCAAAGAUGAGAAUUAUCAAAUCGAAUACAAGCGUGAUAUUUGGGAGGGCAAAGAUAUUGAGUACUACAAAAAAGUCCAAGCUCUGGAAUCUAAACCUUUCAAUAAUAUAGAAUUCCAAAGGACUAUCGAAGAGUGUAAAGUCAAAUUAACAAAGUACUUGUGGUCAAUAAUGUUAGACGAAGGCAAUCUAAUAGCCCAUUUGCAUCUCAUACGAGACUAUUACGCUUUGGGAAGAGGCGAGUUGUUUCAACAGUUCAUUCGAGUGGCCGAAGACCACUUGAAAGACACUUCGAUCGAAUUGAUUGUGCAAAAUUUGAAUUUCAUAUUUCGCGAGACCGCCCGGAAAAUAUACGGAGAAAACGACAAGACUUAUCUGAAGUUCGAGCUCAGUUCCAGCUCGGAAGUCGCCCGUGCAAAUCUUUGGUCGAGAUUGCAAUUAAAUUUCGAAAUCGAUUGGCCACUACACAUAGUUUUCCAUCCGAAAGUUAUAGAACUUUACAAUAAACUAUUCUGUUAUCUGUUAAGGCUGCGAAAAACACAUUUAGAUUUGCACAAACUUUGGGCCGAACACGUAUCGAGUAAAAGAAAAAUAGACACGAGAGUUUGGACGUUGAGACAGAACCUAAUGUUUUUAGUAAACAAUCUCCAUUAUUAUUUGCAAGUUGAUGUUAUAGAAGCGCAAUUUUCUUUGUUGUUAAAAGCUGUGGAAAACGCCAACGGAUUUGAAGAUAUAAUAAAAGUUCAUCACGAAUUUAUUUCUAAUUUGUUGGCCAAAACGUUCGUGUCUACACCCGACGAGGAACAUACUUGUAAGAAUAAGCACAGAUUAUAUCAAGUACCAGCCAUACAAUAUGAAAUACCUAGCAAGGUGUAUAACAUAAUAAUUAAAUUACUAGAACUGUGCGACAGGUUCUGUUUGGUAGCCACCACGUGGGAUUCCAUAUUGACCGAAGUGGAAUUGGACGUGUUGGAAAUGUUUCAGAACCAGUGUGACAUAGUGAUCGAAUCGUUAUUAUUAAUUUUACAGAAGUUGCACUUGAAGGCUAGUGGACAACAUUUGCUGCAACUUUUGUCCCAAUUAGAUUUUAAUAGAUACUUUAGCAAGAACAAAACAGAUUUUAAUUCUACAGAAUGAUUGAGAUCAUAAUUUCAUAAAUGAAAUUACAGAGAUUGGGCAUUAUGGUGUAGCCAGCGAGAGGACCAGAUUUAACCCUAUUUGAAAAUAUUUAUUUUGUACAUUUGCGAUUGAAAAUAAAACUACGAAUCAAUGGGUGUUUGGUUUUAUUUAACAAAAAAUCUUACAAUUAUUACAUUUUUUAUAAAAAAAUCUACUCUUUUUUGCUAUGUUCUGGAACUCCCAGUGAAAAAUCUAAUCUAACCCAAAUAAUUACAGCUACAAAUAGAAUAAACAGUGCUAGAGAUAUUAACAGAGGCUCAUGUAACAACAAUUGUGGUUGCCAGCUGUAAGUAAUCUCCAAAUCUUGAAUGUGCUGCUCAACCAAGUCAUUCUUUCGCAUUCUCAACACCUUGCGCCCCAUAUUAUCCAGAUACUUGUAUGUGAUGUCAUCUUGGAGCUUCUCUACUUGAUAAGGGACGAUUAGUUGUACAUCAGAAACUCCUACUGGUAAUACAAUUGAUGUGGUAGCUUCUUCUACAAACAUAUCGUCGAAAACGUGGUCAAUGAAUCUCAUGCUGAGGACAUUUUGGCCUUCUGGGGUACGGUAAAGGUACUGGUAGCUGGGCACACUGUAUCCAAGCGUGUACGAGCUUUGCCAUCCUCCGAAAAGCGGGAAUCUAGGCCUCAAUUCCAAUUCAAUCCAAUCUUUCCUAUGUUUAACUGAUGAAGUAGAAAUAUUACCAUUACUGUCUCUGUAGUAAAUACUAUGAGCUGUCGCUGGUAAAACUGUAGUAUAAGAUUUGAUACUGUGAUGUGAACUACUGGUAUCUCUUUGGUAAUCAUAUCUAGAAAAAGGUCCCUUUAAUUUAGCACCUGUAUGUUUGAUUUCGAUUUGUUCCUCAAUAGCAACAUUACCCCAAUGAGAAAUCUCUAUAACUCUUUCUAAACGAGUCACAGUCAAAAAAGGGGCAUUAUUCUCAAAAUGCACUACCAACUGAUCUUCUGUAUAUGGUUUAAUAUCAGUAUAAGGCCCAUAAGUAAUAGUAUUAUCUGAUUGUGUUACUGGUUUCAAUUUCGUAUAAUUUUCGACGCUUCUAGAGCUUAAAACGACGUCAGUUUUCUGCUUGGCUACUGUGUAGGGGGUGUAUAUGUAAUGGUUGCCGAAAUACCUGACUAACUGCUUUUCUUUCUGACUGAUGCUGCUAGGGUACGGUGCCAAGCCUUUGGCUAUAAUUUCUUCUAAAACCACGGUUGCAGUACGACCUGGUUCCAGGUUCUGUCUCAAUACUACUUUGUGGAAUUUGUUAUCGCUGCCAUCGACUUGGACUGGUAAGAGGUUCAAAUCCUGUUUGGCCGAAUCUUUGACUCCUCGGUAGACCACUUUUCCGUCCGAUUUCGGUUCAUCGACCACCAGGAAAUUUUUUAUUGGAUCUUUACCGGCAUUUUCUAAAGUAAUGGUACUGGUGAUUUUUACCAAUUGUGAGGUUAAGUCAAUGGAUCUAUCGACAUUUUUGUAAAUUAAAUAGCUAUUUAUUUGUUCUCCGGCAUUUACACCGACCAAAAAUAGUAAAAAUAGAUUUAGUUUUAACAUGUUUUUACGAAAUUAUACACAUCACCCACUCGAUAACACCAAACGACGUGUUGACGUGACGUGUAAUAAUUUGACAUUGACGCUAUUG